AACUUAUGUCAGACGAAGACCCAUAUAAAGAUGAUGAUCUUGAUAAAGGAGAUAAUCCUGAUGAUGAUAAUAAAGAUUUAGAAGAUAAUAAUGAAGAUGGAGAUGGAGAUUUCGUAGAUGAUGGAGACAAUCCUAAAGAAGAUGAUGAGUAAAAUAUUAUUUAUAUUAUAUAUAGUCUUAAAAAUAAUGAAUUCACAGGUGGUCUUAAAAUUACUAUUGAUGAAUAAGGUUUAGAUGAAAAUCAAAAAUUAAGGAAAUUAAAAGAUUUAUUGGCUUAACAUGUUUAAUAAGUCUAAAAAUUAAGACGAAGAAAUAAUAAUUUAAGAACACAACUCAAAAAAUUAGGAGACAAAGCUGAAAAAUUAGUAUAAUCUAAUGUUAGAAAAUAAAAAUUAUUAGAAUAAAAAUUAGAUCCAAAACAUAAUCAUCUUGCUGAAAAGAAGAUUUUAUAUGAAAUAAAAAAUAAUAAUAAAUCAACAAAAGACUUUGCUGAUAAGAUAGAUUCAAGAAUAUGUAAACUAAUAUAUAAUAUUAUUAAGUGGAUAAAUUGAUAAAUAUCGAUAAAAUGGAACAAUCAAAUACUCUAUUAAGAGAAUAAAUCAAAGCAUUAAAAGAUAGAAAUAAAAAUCUUGAUUAAACAGAAGAAGUUAAUAAACUGAGUAAUGAAAUCCUUCUUGUAGAAAAAUAAAUAGCUGAUGAAGAAAGACUUAAUAGAAAAAUGUUUUUAAUAAUAAGAGAAUAAGAAUUAGAAUUAAAAUAAUAAUAAAUAGAUUGUGAUUAUGAAAGUAGAUUAGAUAGUUUAAAAGAAGAUAUUAAGAAAUUAAAAGAAGAUAUAAAAAAUUAAUAGAAAGAAGAAUUACAUUAAACAAGAAGAGAAAUAGAAAUGAAUAAUUACUUUACUGAACUUAAAAAUAUGUAAUAAAUUUAUAUAUAUAUAGUUAUCGUUCUAUGUGUAAUAAAUUAAAUAAACCAUGUGAAGAAAAGGAUUAUUAUAAAUCAAGUAAAGAAUAAGAUGAAGAUAAUACAAAUAAUUCAAAUUUAAAGAAUGCAAUAAAAUGUGCAUAAAAAAUUUAAAAAGAUAAUUAGAUGGGAUUUUUGAAAUAAAAGGAGAAUUAAAAAAAGCCAGAAGAAAAUGAUGAAUUGAAUAAAGCAUUAAUUGAAUUUAAGAAAGAUAAUGAGAUAUUUAAGAAACUUUAAGAGGAUGUUUAGAAUUUAUAAUAAGAUCUUGAAAAGAAGGAGAAAUAAACAUAAAAAGAAAGGAAGUUUUAAUUAGAAGAAUAUUCAAAAUUGAGUGAAGAUGUAGGAUAAUUAGCAAAAUAAUUAAAAGAGAAAGAAGUUUAAACAAAAUCGACAGUUACAAAAUUAAAUGAUUUGCAACGAUAGUUAUAAUUAUUAGAUAAAAGAUAAGUAUAAGAAUAGAUAUAGAGUACAUAAUAAAAGCCAGAGAGUAUAAUGUUUGGAAUAGAUAAAAAGACAGAAACAUGUUUGCCAUUUGAUGAUUCAAAGAAUUUAGAUUGGACAUUGAAUAUGCCUAUAAAUUAGAUAGUAGUAUGUAAGAAUAGUAAAAAUGACUUAAUAAUUGGUUUGGAAUUGACUUAUGGAAAUGCAGAUAAUAAAGAAGAAUAAAAGAUUACUAAACAUAUAGGAUUAUAAGAAGGUAGUAUAGGAAAGGAAUAAAUAAUUAUAACACCUGAAGAUAAAUUAAGUUAUAUAUCUGGAUUUUAUAAUUAAGAAUAGAUAAUAUUUUUGAAAUUUGAAACAACUAAAAAGAGAAUAAUAUAAGUUGGUAAUAUGAAAUAUAAAGAUAAUUUUACUAAAGAUUUUCGUAUAGAGAUAAAAGAUAGAGAGAUAUUAGGAUUUAGUGGAAUUUUAGAUUAUACAUAAGGUAAUAUUCUGUUUAUUAUAUUAGAAUCUUAGAAUCCAUCUGAAAGAUAUUUAGUAGCAAUAGGUUUGAAUUUAAAGUAAAAGGAAUUAGAUAUAUCAACAAGAAAGAGAUUAAAGAAAUAGAAAAUGUUAGAAGAAUAAGAUAAAUAAAGAGUUCCUGUAGAUUAUAGAAAAAUAACAUAUCCAUUUAGAAAGAAUCAUCCUAAACAUUUAGAAUUAAUUAAAUCAUAACCAAAAUUAGAGGUAUCUAUAUAUGAUGAAGAAAAAGGUAUGAAAUACUAAAUAAUUAUAGUUAAAUUAUAUUAAAAAGAGAAAGAGAGAUAUUUAUAAGCAUAAAGAGCAUAAUUAGGUUUUUCAUCAGUAAAGUAAUUCAGUCCUGCAACAUAUAAACUAAAAGAAUAUUAAGAAGAAGAAUAGAAGGUAUAUUGAUAAUCAUAUUCAAAUUUAGAGAAAAGAGAUGAGUGACUAAAGAAAGCUCAGAGUUGAGUAGAAGAGAGAAGAAAUUAAAAAUGGUUUAACAUUACCUGGAAUCAAGACUCCAUAAGAUAAAGAUAAGAAAGGACUCAAUGGAUAAAAAACAAAUAGUCCAUAGAAGCAAUAGAAAUAAGGAUAGAAGGAGGUUCCAAAAAAAGAUGAUUCUAAAGCUAAAAAAAAAUGAAUAAUUUACAAAUUUCAACACCUUCAGCAUUGCAUCGUUCUUCUAUUCUCAGUUCCGAGAUUGAUACUAUAUAUUAAUCUCUUAUAGAAGUCCAUGUUAUCGUCUAGGAUAGCAUAAAACAUC